AUGGAAGGUGUUCUUUGGAAAUGGACAAAUUACUGGAGCGGUUGGCAGAUGAGAUGGUUUGUAUUGAAAAAUGGAAUAUUAUCUUAUUAUAAAUCACAAGAAGAAGUUGAUCAGGGUUGUAAAGGUUCUUUAAAAGUUUCUGCUUGUGAAAUAAUUGUACAUUCUACAGAUCAUACAAGAUUAGAAAUAUCAAUACCAGGAGAACAACACAUGUAUUUAAAAGCAUCAUCAAAACAAGAAAGACAAAAAUGGCUUGUAGCAUUAGGUAGUAGCAAAGCUUGCAUGACUACAAGAGGUAGAAAAGAACAUUUCGAUAUUGGUAAUGGUGAUUCGUUAAAAUCGAAAAAAUUCGAAUUGAAAUUAUAUUGUGAUUUAUUAAUGCAACAAGUGCAUCAAGUGAAAACUUGUGUCAGUGAUAAAAAUAACAUUGAUGUUAAUUCAUUAAAUGAAGCUACUAACCUCCUUUCAGUUACUUGUGAUACAUUCAUAACAACAUUAGACGAUUGUAUGAAACUCUCAGAUGCUAAUUUUCUUCUAGAACUUUCUCAUCAUCCUCCAACUGAUACUCUUGUUCCAUUAGGUUGUCACCAAAAAGGAAAACCUACAGUACCAAAUAUGAAAAGAAGUAGUUCCUAUGAAUCCCCUCCUGAUUUAAAACCAAACGAAAGAAAGACGUGA